CAGUACUCACAAUUACAUCCGAUAUACUGAUAUCAGAGUGAUGGUAGUUGAAGUGCAUUGUCAAUACUAUUUUAUAGCGCGUAGUAAUAUAAAGUACUGUAAACUCUUUGAUUCUGGUCCCAUAAAUUCAUUAUUUGAUAUUGGUAUCAAAUAAGAGGCACAGUAUAACAAGAGUGGCGUUUCUUUUUGGUUGCAAAGUAAGAAAAUCUUUCGAAAAUGUAAUACAAUGGAUAGCAAAUAAUUGAUUUGAUUUAUUUUGUUACAAUACGAAAAGAAAUGGAAGGAUAUUUUAUUCACAUUGCAAAUUAUAUAGAGAGGUUAAGGAGUAGUCAUAGUAAGACUGAAUUACCUCGAAGCUUUAGUGGUAAAAUUAUAAAAGAACUAAAAUCAUGGGAGUUAUGGAGAUCUGUACUGGCAGAGUUUAUUGCCACAUUGUUGUUUGUAUUUAUUGGGACAAUGUCGACGCUACCGAUUGUUCCAGUAGUCGAUGACUGGGCCAAAAUUAUCAGGAUUGCGUUCACUUUUGGACUCAUGAUAGCUGUAUGUAUCCAAAUGUUUGGUCACGUGUCAGGCGGUCACAUGAAUCCGGCAGUUUCAUUGGCUAUGGCGGUUGCAAUGGAGAUUACACCUACACGUGCAAUUUUGUACACAAUAGCACAAUGCUCGGGCGGCACAUUGGGAUCACUUCUCUUAAAAGGGGUGACACCAACUGCAUUACAUGGAAACCUUGGUAUAACAUCACUGAACAAUGAAAUCUCAGAAGGUCAAGGACUCGUGUGUGAGAUAGUUUUCACAUUCAUCCUGGUUAUGUCCAUAUUUGGAACAACUGAUCCGAAUAGAGCACUGUUUGGAAGUCCUGCUCUUGGUAUAGGCUUCACUGUCGCAGUUGUUCAUCUGGCAGCAAUUCCAUUCACAGGAGCGAGCAUGAAUCCAGCGCGUUCAUUGGCGUCGUCUGCAGUUUCAACUGGUGACAACACAUUCGAUAACCAUUGGGUAUAUUGGGUCGGACCAAUCCUCGGAGGAGCAAUAGCAGCUAUUGUAUACAAAUAUCUAUUUAGCCCAUAUAGAGGGAAAAUGACUGUUGCUGAGGCUUCGACCAAAAUGAUGGAAUCAAGUGACAUGAUCGUUAUUCCAAGGUCGUACUUUAAAGGUCAUCAAAGUUCAGGGAAUGAAGAGAAAAUGCACCAAUCCCAUCAUUUGUAAAGCAGCAGCAAUCGGCAAUCACUUAUGGACAAUACUAUUGCUAUGGUGGUGAAAACUUUAAAGAGAAACAUCAUAAAUUUCUCGCCAAAUAUUCUAUGCAAUUUAUCACUAAAUAGCUUUAUUAGUGUUUUGGGUUGGUUUUUUGGGGUGUUUUAAUAAGCAGCAGAGGGAUGUCGAUAAUAGAAUUGUUCAUCUUUUUAGUAUGUUAAACAGAUAUGUGAAAUAAUGAUGUGAUUUGAUUACACUUAUUCAUAACACACGAUUGUUUUGAUAAAAAAUAUAUAAACAUGAUUAUACAUGUAAUAAUGUGUGAAUUUCGAUAAGUUAUAUGGCGCGCUUUUCAAAAUUAAUGAACCCCAUCAUUACAAACUUUGUCAUUUUUUUGACAUUGGAAUGUGUGAUUUUUAGUACAAAUAUCAUGCAUUAAAAGUACUAUUAUCACGUAUUUAAAGUACUUAGUCCGAACCUGUGGAAAGACGGGCUUAAUUUGAUUAAAAUUGAAAUGUUUCAUUCCAAUAGAAAUUAGUUUUCAUUCCUUUAAAAAAAAUUAUCAAUUUAUAUCGAUUUAAAUUUUCAAAAAUUCAAUUGUAAUAGAAUCAUUUUCAUCACAAUUAUGUAGCCAAAUAUUCAUGUGUUCAUGUGUGUCACAUGUAUUCACAUGUAUCGUUGUAAUAUGAAAUAAAUUUGUAUUAAAU